AUGAAGGCGCGCGGGGGCGACAGACGCGCCCCCGGAACAAGGGUGUUACGACUCACCCUCAACAAAAGCCGAAGGAACCCAGCCAGCUGGCGGCCUGCAAAAAUCACAGCCCGCAGCUGGGGGGAGGUAAGUACAGGGGCCGGAGAGCCUAAACAAAAUCCACCUGGGACCGGAGCGUCCCAGGGCCAGGCCGGAGAGCCUGAACAAGCUGGGAAGUCCGGCACAGCCUUAGUGGAGCAAGAGGGGGAGAAGGGCAACUAUCCCCAGGGACUAACCGGAGGAGAACCCGGGAAGGUCAACCAAGGAGGUGGGGCCCAAAAGGCCUUAGGGCCAGGGCAGUCCGAAAGGGCCUUGCCCCCGGAGGGGGGCAAACCACCAACACCCGAUCAGGGUGGACAAGAGCUACGCCGGGACCCUGCCCCGGGAAUCAACAGGAGAGAGGGCACAGGGGAGAUCAGCUUGAAAGGGCUGCAUUCCCUUGAAGCCGGAGGUCAGGAACUGGGACCGGAGCUGCAGGCAACAGCUGUGGGGACAGCACCAGAGGAGAAAGGUGCGAGCCAAUUCGGAGCAAAGGGGACUGAGAAGCCCUUUGAGUGGGGAGACGAGCAGAUCUGGCCGGGACUACCACCGGAGCAGAGGGCCGAGGUCACGGGGCUGCUGGAGGAGUUCCGGGACAUCUUCGCGUGGUCCAUCUACGACCUGAGCGACACCGCCAUCGAAUGGGUGGAGUUCGAGGUGGACUUCACCGACGAGAAGCCAAUCUGGUCACCCAAGCGGCGCUACUCCCAGUACGAGACGGACCUGUUGAAGGCGUACGUGGAGGAGAGGCUGGCCGCCAAGCUCAUUGCGCCUUUAAAGCUGCCCCCGGGGGUCAAGGAGCCCUUCGCUGCCGCCACCGUCAUGCCGCGCAAGAAAGACGCGGAGAGGAACUGGACGGAGAGGCGGAUCUGCGGCGACUACCGGCCCCACAACGACAAGACUGUCCCUGACAAGUACCCGAUGCCUAUAGCGGACGAGCUAUUCGACGAUCUGGGGGAGAGCGACUGCUUCUCCACGCUGGACCUCAGGAUGGGGUACCACCAGAUCCGGAUCCGGGAGGGAGACGAGUGGAAGCUGGCGUUGGGCCACGACGACCUCUACAUGCCGCUGCGCACCCCCUUCGGGCCCAAGAACGCGCCAGCGCUGUUUCAGAGGCUGAUGGACCGGGUGCUGCGGGAGCUGCGGGCCUUCGCGCGGGCGUUCAUCGACGACACCAUCGUCCACGCCAAGGGCUUCCGGGCCCACUUGGACGCCCUGCGCGGAGUCUUCACCGAGCUCCGGCGCCACAACAUCAAGGUGCACCCGAAGAAGAUCCGGAUCCUUUUCCCGGAGAUCCCUUUCUUGGGGCACAUGGUUAACCCCGUGGGGCUGAAGCCCCAAGCCGUCAAAGUGGCGGCCAUCCAACGCAUCCCCUACCCUACAGGCCAAACCGCCAUCAAGCAGUUCCGGGGCAUCGUCAACUACUACCGCAAGUUCCUUGCGGGGUGUAGCGCGGUGGCCCGGCCGCUAAACGACCUACUCAAGAAGGACGUGGAGUUCCGGAGGAGCUGGGAGCUGAAUGCAAGGAGGCGGAAGGAGUUCGAGCUGCACACAGAUUGGAGCGCGGCAGGAUGCGGGGCAAUUCUACAACAACGAGACGACGCCGGGGAGGAACGGGUGGUGGCCUACGCCAGCCGGAGCAACAACAAGGCCGAGAGCAACUACUCCAGCUACGCUGGGGAGUGCUUGGCCGCGGUGUGGGGAGUGCGCUACUUCCGGGUGUACCUGUACGGGGCGCGCUUCAUCCUCUACACCGACCACCGCCCCCUCGAGUGGCUGGUGACCAACCCCAACCUCACGGGCAUGCACGCCCGGUGGGCGCUGAUGCUUCAGGAGUUUGACUUCGAGGUGCGGUACCGCAAGGGGUUGAUCAACAUGAACGCAGACGGGCUGAGCCGAAACCCCCAGCCGGAGACAGAGGAUCCCACCGGAGCGCGGAUGCAUGAGGACGCGGCCGGAGGAGGGGACCCAGGGCCGGGGGGAAGGCCAGCAGUAACCUACCUGGCCUGGCAGGCCUGGGCAGCCGACACUCCGGUGCCCCCAGGGGAGUUGGAGUACCUCACUAUGGAGGAGGCCGGAGGCGAGCCGUGGGAACCAGAGGACGAGCUCGAGCUCCCCGGAGAGCUGCCCAUGCCGGGCCCAAUGGACUACGGCACUGUUGACGCAGAUGUACAGGUCCCGGAGACUCCGGGGCUGGGGGGAGAAAGAGCCAAAGCCCUCACCGACAUCUGGGAAGACAUCAACACCCUGAACCACCUGUGGACCGGGGUCCUCGACCCCAACUGGAGCAAGGGCGAGGUGGAGAGAGUGCGCCGGAGAGCGCAGUCCUACCGGUUUCGGGACGGGGUGGUGAUACACCAUCUUAAUAGCGAUGGGGAGGAGGAGCCCCGGACCUGCGACGGGGUGCUGUUGCGCCUCCUGGCAGGGGGGGAGGAGAAGAUCGUGCCAGCACCGCAACAGCGGGACAACCUGGUUCGAGAAAUUCACGACUUCACCGGGCACUGGGGCGAGAAACGCACGGUGCACCUCCUCAAACGAACCUACUGGUGGGCCGGGAUGUACAAGACGGCCCAAGACGGCGUGGCAAGUUGCCAACAGUGCGACCGGACCAAGGCGAGCUUCUCGGUCAAGAUGUCGGGGAUGAAGUCCCUGCCCAUCAUGGGGCUGGGGUACCGGUGGAGCCUGGACUUCGCCGGGCCUCUGCUGACGACCCGGAGCCGGAAGCGGUACUGCCUGGUCAUCAUCGAGCACUUCAACAAGUGGUGCCAGCUAGUGGCGCUGCCCAGCAAGCACUUGGGGAAGGUGGCGGAGGCGUUCCUGGCCAUUAUGACCCGGUUCGGAGCCUGCGCGGAAGUCCUAACGGACAACGGGAUCCAACGGCCUGACGGAGCGCUUGGUGCGCACCAUCAAGGAAGGCAUCACCCGCUAGGGACGGAAGCCGACCGCCGGACGUGGGACGAGUGGCUGCCGUACCUGGCAAUGGGGUACCGGAUGAGCCCAAAGACGGCUCUGGGGGGAUACUCCCCCUACUUCCUUUUGCACGGCCGUCACCCCAUGCUUACGGGGGAGGCGGUCAAGCAGUUGGUGGGAACUCCGGUCGAUUUCGACACACCGGAGCAGUGGGUGGCGGCAUGCCACCAGCGAGCGGAGGUGCUGCAGCGGGAGAUGCCCCUGGCCUUGGGGAACCUGCUCGCUGCGCAGCACCGGGACCAACGGCGGUACGACCACGUGCGCAAGACGGGGUACCGGCCGAAGGUGCGGAAAUUUGAAGUGGGGGACCUGGCCUACCUCCGGCGCCAACCGGCGGACAAGACGGACGUGUCCGUGACGCGCGAGGCGUACCGGGUACACCAGGUCGGCUCCAACGGGCGCUUGGUGUUGCAAGGGGCGGACGGGACGCUGUUCAAGGAGCAUAUCGAGAACUGCGCCCCCUGCCACAACCCCAACAUCGACACCACCAUCGACCCGACGCUCACGACAGUGACGGCAGAUCACGCCUGCCAAAUAUGCAAGAGCCCCGGCCGGCAAGCAACGAUGUUGCUUUGCGACUACUGCCUGGAGGGUUACCACAUGGGCUGCCUAGAACCGGCGGUCAAGGAGGUGCCCAAGGGAGUUUGGCUGUGCUCAAGCUGCACCCAGAGCUUGCAGCAAGGGUAA